GCACUGGUGUCUGUGCUACUGGACUUGGACUGUGAUGUGAUCAUUGUCGUGUCGUCGUCGUGGUUGUCGUCGCGGAUUGUCAGAAAGUUGAAUUAAAAAAUAAAAUUUAUUUUUCUGCGUUCCUCCGGAAAGGAAAACACGGAACAUUGCCGUCGGAAUAUUGGUCGAGUUUGCGAGCGGAACAUUCGCGGUCGUUGUCGGCUCGGGAGUGAACCGGGGAGACCCGUUUGCGGGGACAAAAUUAGUCGAGUGCGCGAUUGUUUUGGGAAGUGACAGGGAAUUUUCAUUCGGGCUCGCGAGCCCCAAAGGUGAAUAAUUUUUCAAACGUCGUCGAUUCGGGGACUAGAUUGUGUGUUUGCAAGUUUUCUAGAUCAACGAGUUUCGGUUCGAUUUCAAGAUCACGUAUCGCGGUGACGAUUUUGUUGCAGUGAUUGUGAUUCGCUUGCGAGGGUUUUUUGAUGUGGUUCGAUUGCGUUACGGCUGAACAAAGCUGCUGAGAAGUGUCACAAGAACGAAGUAAAAUCGAUCGGUCGAAAGUGAGGGUAGGGGAGAACCGAAGAUAACAAGCCAAGGAUUGUGUUAUCGAUCUGGUGAACGGUCAUGGCAGAGCCAAGUGCAGGGCCACCUCCACAGGAACCUGCUGCUGGGGGACCGGAGCCAGCCGAAGCGCCCCAAAACAAUAACAAUGCCAACAAUAAUAACAAUCGUGGCCAAGAUGGACCUGUGCCUCCCAUGAUGAACCAGCGAGGCAGGAAUGCACAGAAUCCACUGAUUAACGUUCGGGACCGGCUGUUUCAUGCCCUGUUCUUCAAAACGGCCAUCGCUUAUGCCCAGAUGGUCCCCAAACCUGUGCGGCGUGCCAUUGAACUGAUCAUGCUGCUGAAGGCGCUGGCUGCCUUCUUCAUCCUAGUGUACAUUCAUGUACAUUUCUCACAAACGCCAACAUCCUGCCUAGAGCAUGUCAAGAACGAUUGGCCUCGCGAUGGAAUCCUUCGAGUCGAAAUUAUUCGUCAUAAUCCUACCAUUUUGCCGGAUGUCAAAAGCAAAGAUAUCAACCUCGAAGAUGCAGAAGUGAACAGUCUUCUGCGUAACAACCUCAAGAACGGCAUGGUGAGCAUCGAUCCUUCAACAACGCUUCCCCAUGAACAACAAGAGCAGAAUCAAAAUCCGGAACUGCUGCUGCAAAGCUAUGCCAACAGUAGCCCGUGGUCACAACAACAGCAACCGCAAUCGCAGGCAAAGCCUCGCUUCGAUAAAGAAUCCAUGACAUCUUCGGUUGAUCGCGGGUAUCCCGGUGGGGUCGAUGGCGGAGGCUCAAAAGUGCCGAUUGAAAGCACGCAGUUCGUUGGGGAGGAAGCAAAAAUGAUCCAGGGUAGCGAGGCUGAAUCUUCGGUUGCAAAUGAACUAAAGCACCCGGAUGGAAGUGCCAUUUCAUAUGCAAAUGAGACCAUCAUCGCCAAGGAGGUUGUUCCCAAAAUGGUGGAAAAAUUGACAGAAGAAGAUUCGAAGACAGAAACGGCUUGGGCCGAUGGGCAGUACGUCGUAGAGUACUCCUUGGAGUAUGGAUUCCUUCGCCUGUCGCUAGCCACCAGACAGCGGCUCAAUAUUCCGGUGCACGUUGUUACGCUGGAUCCGGAGAAAGAUAAAUGCUUUGGCGAUUCCUUCAGUCGGUUUAUUCUGAAGGAGUUCCUCGGCUACGAUGAUAUCCUGAUGGCUUCGGUUAAGGUCCUUGCCGAACAGGAGGACAACAAAGGCUAUCUGCGGAAUGUGAUCACCGGAGAGCACUACCGGUUCGUUUCGAUGUGGCUGAUGUCUCGCAGUUCCUAUUUCGCACCGUUUUUCAUCAUGAUCCUGUUUACUAUUUCGAUCUCAAUGCUCCUGCGGUAUUCUCACCACCAAAUCUUCGUCUUCAUCGUUGAUCUGCUCCAGAUGUUGGAAUUCAAUAUUCCAGUUCGCUUCCCUGCGGCGCCACUGCUGACCGUGAUUCUGGCACUAGUCGGAAUGGAGGCCAUCAUGUCGGAGUUCUUCAACGACACAUCGACCGCGUUCUACAUCAUCUUGGUGGUCUGGUUCGCUGAUCAAUACGACGCUGUAUGCUGUCACACGUCUGUCACAAAACGUCACUGGUUAAGAUUCUUCUAUUUGUACCAUUUUUCAUUCUACGCCUACCACUAUCGGUUCAACGGACAGUACAGCAAUCUGUGCCUGUUCACAUCGUGGCUAUUUAUUCAGCAUUCGAUGAUCUACUUCUUCCAUCACUAUGAGCUCCCGGUGAUAAUACAACAAGCACAGCUGCAGCAAAUUAUCCUGCAAACCCGUGACGGUCAAGUACCACCACCUCCAGCUGGUGACAACAGACAGCCAGUUCCACCUGCACAGCAACAGCGUCAGCAAGCGCAGCAACCAGAUCAAAAUGGACAGCAACGGCCGCCGCAGCAGCAACAACGAGCCAACGUUUUCGACGGACUCAUCAAUGCGGUUCGGUUUCAACGGCGUAACAAUGAUAACAAUAACAACAACAGGAAUAUCCUGAUUAGUAUACCAAGAUACUACAAUUUGCUGUCAAUGAACAUGAAUAAUAACAACAAUAAUGGAACGCUGGCGUUCGCCAAUGGAGUACCCGCGGCAUUACGGAAUGUCGCGCACAGCUUGGUUCAAAGUUUGCGAGCCAACGUGGCGGCAGGCAUGGAACUGCUGGGCAACAUGAACUUGAACAACAAUAACAACCUUUUCGCUCAGCGGCUACGGUUCGGCUUUGGAAACGUUCAGAAUCCGCUCCCGUUGCGCAUCAGAAUAGUUGGUCGAUCUCCAGCCAUCAUUCGGCCAAAUCCCGUGUCCCGGGGAACCGGAGCGAACACCUCCAACGCAAGCAACGCAACUUCGCGCGCCAUGAGUGGCGAAAACAUUGCAGCUUCAUCAGCCGUCGAUCCUCGGUUGAACUAUCAGCGGAACUAUGAAGCGAACAACUUCAUUUUCCCCGAAGCAGUACUUACUCAACAUCAGCAACAGCAGCAGUCGGACCAGCAUCAGGAGCUGGCAGCCAGCGGCUUGGGUCCGGUCAGUGACCCUAACGAGGCCGAUAAAAUCUACAACAUUGAGAGUGUUGCCCACCAGGGCGAUUCCACUGAUUCUGGCAGCAGCAAGGUCGUAGAAGCCACCGCCGCUGCCGAUGUAAAUAGCAGCCUAGCACCUAGUUCCUCCCACCUAGAAGAGGUUAGUCAAGGAUCCGUGAGUCACUCGAGUAGUAUAGAGGACUCCAAUAGUAGGUCCCCUGCCAGAGCAGUACUGAAUUCAAACAGUGAAGAAUCUUAAAGCAAAUGUGAUGAUUCAUUGUGUCUGUGCAAGCUUAUUUGUGAAUUAACUACCUUUUUUAUUGUGAAUGACACACACUGAACUUUUUAGAGCGACGCGAGUGGCAACAGCGUGGACUAUGAUAGUAUGCUGUUAGAACAGCUCAGAAGAAGUAAACAUGAAAUAAAGCUCUAUAUUAAUUGAGUGAAAGUUGUUUCUCUCCUACAUUGUACAUAUAGAAGAAGCGCUGGAGCGGCUGAUUUACGAUAAACAAUUAUAAUGCCUGGUUUUCGUUUGUGUUCAUCUCUGAAUAUAUUAGAAUCAAGAGAGAAGUUUCUUGCGAUGAGUACUGACUCAGAGGAGACAAAAUAAAUGUGGAACAAUGGCGAAACUUGUGCAGCAUUAAAUGAGUUGUGUUUAUUAAACGAGCAGUAAUCGUUGAUUCCUUUGUUUUAAUGAA